AUGUACAUUAUAUGUCAGAACAUUAGGGACACUCACAAAGUGUUUGACAGAUUAGCCCAACCGGAUGUGAAAACUUUUAGUGCUCUGCUUGUGGCUUACGAGCGACAAGGGUGUGUGGAUGUAGCCAAAAAACUCAUUAACGAGAUAGGUUGUUUAAGAGUGGAACCCAAUGUGUUGUCUUGGAAUGGAUGCGUUUGGAAGGAUUUACCCUUGAGAAGCACAGUGUUGUCUAUUGUUCUUUCCGCUGUGGGCGACUUGGGGAAUCCCAAACUUGGGAUUCAGAUUCAUGGUUUUGUGAUUAAGGAGGUCUCUGUAGGAAAUGGUCCUGUUGAAAAUGCAUUGGAGGUCUUUAGGCAAUUUGAGAGCCAAGGAAUGGAAUUAAAUGUUGUGUCUUGGACGUCAAUGGUUGCUGGUUUUUCACAAAAUGGUAAGCUUUGCAUGGCUGGCCUAGUUGACGAAGGCUGCAAAUUUUUUGAUAGCAUGUGUAAAGAGCAUGGUAUUGAAGCAAGGAUGGAGCAUUAUGCUUGUAUGGUGACCCUUCUAGAUCGUGUUGGAAGGCUAGAAGAGGCAUAUAACAUGAUUGGGCAAAGCCUUUCGAGCCAAAUGCUUGUGUUUGGGGAGCUUUGCUUAGUUUUUGUUUAUCAUCAUUUUGGAAAUGCACCUGUUGGACCUUUUGAUCCUUAUGCUCAUGUGAAGUGA